GGAUAUGAAAGUUCGUCAUAUCCUGUUUAUUGGGCGUAUGACAUUCUGCAUAAGAUAAGCGGGAAAUGUCAUAGUUACCAUGGAUGUUCAAUCAGUUAAACUGUAUCUUCAGAAUAUUGAAGAAUAUGUUAUGGAUGAAGAUAAAAUUGUUACGUACAAAUGGCUGAGUAAAAAUCUGGGUAUCCAUGUAAAUACAGCAAAACAGUUACUGUACACCUUUGCAACAGAACAAAAGAUCAAUGUGAAUUUGACAUACCUGGUUGGAGGUGUGCUGUGUGAUGGAACUGGAUGCAAGGUACAAAUUGUUCGUGAAGAAGACCUGGAAAAGGCGAAAGCUGAGUUCAAAGCUUUGACAUCAGAACAUGUUUAUAGUGUUCAGAAGGCAAAGAUAUUACCAGAUCUUGGAGUUUUAUAUGCAGUAGACUGCCACAAGAGAGAUGAAAAUGAAGAUGGUAAAAGGCUGAGUGCUAUCACAUGCAGCCACUCAGUUCUUAGGCCCCAGGAGGAAAUUGGGAGACUGAGGCUGAAGGCUCGAGCUGCCACAUCUACUAGGGAUGCAAAACGGUGGCCCACAGGCCAUGCACCAAGUAAGAAAACAGCAGAAGCACACAGCAACAGUGAGGUUGCUUCUACAGAUGGAUCUAAGGGCAAAAAUGGUACAAAGAAGAAAGAGUUGAACACAGGGAUAGCUGCCAUGUUUGCAGCACAGACAUGUAAAACUAAGCAAGGUGGCCCAAAUGAAAAGCCUAAAGCUGCAGAAAAUUCAUCAGACAAACCAAAAACUAGCAGUGGCAUCACUAUGUUUUUCAAUCGUCAGACAGAGAAACCAAUAAAACCAAGUGUUUCGGCUCCUAAGGACAGUCCAAGCAGUGGAUUAAGCCCCAAAGAUUCUCAUGGCAAUGAAGUGGAUGCAAGCUGUGCAUCAGAGAAGCUGAAAGAGAAACAAGAAGGCAAUUCAAAUAAGAAAGGAAAAGUUUCAAGUAAUGUUAAGAAUAGUAGCAUAAAAAACACUGAGCAGAAGUGGGGAGGGGGAAAGGGUAAAAGGGUGAACACUGAUGAAAAGCUGCUACCAGCAAAGAAACGAAAACGAAUUGUUGUUGUAUCAGAUUCAGAAGACAGUAGUGAUGAUGAUGUAUUUGGCAGAGAUGGUGGUGAUGCCCCUGAUAUGCCUCCACUACCUGAAGUUGCUCCACAUCAUGAGAGCGAUACUGAUGAUGUGAUACCACCCACUCCAGAGGCUGAACUGAAGAGAGGCCGCAAACGUGUGCGUAAAAUGAAGGACAAAACAUACGUUGAUGAAGAUGGUUAUAUAUUGACCUGCAAGGAAUAUGUAUUUGAAAGCUGUACAGAUAGUGAAGUAGAGCAAGAAAAAGAAAAUGAAAAAAAGUUAUCAAAAGGAAAUUGUGAACAAUUUGAAACAAAGAAAUCUGAAAGUGUGAAGCCAGUUAGUAAGGAACCACCAGCAAAGAAGAAAGCAUCACCACAAAAAACUAAGCAGGCAACUCUCAUGAAUUUCUUCAAGAAAAGCAUCUGAAGUUAUAUCACUUUCCCAGUUAAUGUGUGUGUUAUUUUUGAGAAGUUUGUACUUUUUUGUCAACUGUUGUUGAAUGCAAAAUAUACAGAAGUUCAAGGAGGAGGGUAAAGUAAAAUUAGUUACUUUCCCAAAAAGAAGUUGUGUUGUUUUAUGAAGAUUUAAAAAAAAUUAAAUUAGAAGAAAAGUUAUUCAUACAUGACCGUUGAAGUAUUUAAUGUCACGUGCUGGACAGAAACCAAAGAAAUUGUGUUGUAAGAUCUUUUACAAUAAUUUUAUUCUCAUUGACAUUACAGUGGAAUAGUCACUUUAGAGUUUAUGCAUUCCCUAAUUUUAUUUCAGCUAAUAUGGCUAAGAAACUUACUAUGUCAUUUCAGAGUGUGAUGUCUUGUCAUUAAUGUAUACUGUAUGCUGCUUUGUGAUUAAGAAAUGCAAAAUUUGAGUCACAAAAAUUUGAAUACUUGAUUUUUACCACAGACUUAGCUGCUAACAUAGAUAUUGAUGCUUUGUAGUGUACCAUAUAUUAAAUGUUGGUUUAGCCUGAAUUGAAAUCAGAAAUUCGUUUUGAACAUUAAUGCACAAGUGUCACAGUUUGUUAUCAGAGAUCAUGUUAUUUCAUUGUUUAUGAAAAUAUGAGACAGUUUUUCUCCAUUUAA